AUGGCUCGCUUCAGUGCUCUUCAGGAUUCCGACGAUAUCAAGCCUGACUUGUCCGACGAGUCGAUGACGCCCGUCAAGUCUUCGAAAGGCAAGCGCAAGCGUUCCCCAUCGGCAGUUGACUCGGAUGAUGACGUCUCGACUGCCUCCCCGCAGCCCAAGGAGAAGAAACCCCGCAUUAAGAAAGAGUCGAAGGCACCUGGCAAGCCCUCUGCCUGGUCCAAGGCCCAGGUUCGCCAGCUUUGGGAUGCGCUCGACAUGAAGCCUGGGAAGAUCAACUGGGACCAUGUUGCGGCACAGGUCGAUGGACGCGGCAAAAUCGCAUGUCGUGACAAGUGGCUCAAGAUGAUCCGCCCUCGCCUCGAAGAGUUCAUCGACAGCAUGGGCGAAUAG